AUGGGUUUCCGCGGGAUCCCUCCGGCGAGGCGUAGCCACUUGAAGCAGCUCCACGCAAUUCUUGCGUCAUCGCCGGCGUCCUCUUCUUCUUCCUUGCUCGCUGCUUUCUCUGCUUCGAGCUCGGCUGGCAAUGGCCCGCGGCUGACCCGAGGCAUCGCCUCCACGAGCUGCCGUCUCGAUGGUGGCGGAUGGUUUGACAAGGUCAAAGGAGUCUUCACCGGGAAGAAGGAUGCCGACUCCCCCAAGCAGUCAUUCUCUCUCAUCGGCAAGUGCAAAUUGUUCUUCUAUUUAUCUGUCUAUGUUGCCCCCCCCCCCCCCCGGUUUCUUCCCCUUUAUUAGCGAUCCAUCUGUGUUUUUUUUUUCUAACAGUCUUGUGCUGCUUCGGUGGAAGCAGAUUUCGCGAAUCAGAUGGACACGGCACGGAAACUCGGUUCACUCAAACAGUAUGUUGUAGGUAGAUGUAGCGAGACUACCAUCUCGGUCGAGUUUGAGAAGCAGUCGGCAAUACUCCGAUACCUCGGUACUAUCGACCCCACUGGGGAGGUGAGAAAGCCUUCACUCAUCGUAGUGUCCGAUUUUUUGUGUUAACUACUCAAUCAUCCUGAUCUUUAUGAGUUUUAGGCUUUUCUUCUUGACAUCAUAUUUGGAAGUGUUAUUUUCCAAGAAAAUGCAUUCAAAACUUCCAAAUACUUGAAAACAGUUCUUUACGGUUUCUCUUUGUAAAUAUGAUGCAUCUUGGGCGCAGCGUAUUAGUGUUGAUGAGCUGCGGUGUGACAUGUGGGGCUUUGGGGUCAACGAACCCGAAAGACGUCGCUGUGAACAACUUAGGAAGUCUAAAAACCUGAUCCUAACAAUUCAGACAAACACUUGGUUUCAUAUUUUGAGAACGUUUUACAAAGAAGCUUAUCUUUCAAAUGGAUACUUUGAACAAAUAAAGAGGAUCCUUUUUUCAUGCGGCUUGUAUGGUUGCCAGAUAAUAUGAAGGUGUUCAUGGAGACAUCCAGGGAACUACAACUGAUUGGUAUUUUGGUUUAGAAAGAUUCUAGAAGAUUAUAAAGUGUGUAAGAAAUGUGGAAUGAUAAUUUUAAGCUGAACAUCAAAAUGGCAAAUUCACUGAAAAACAUUUUCCCCUUUACACAGAGGAAUGUAGAUGUAGAUGAUUAGCGUGCUAUUUAUGAUGUGAGCAAGUGUCUGAAGCUGCUUUCUGAAGCGACCAAGGCAUGAACACUUUCUGUCUAGACUUUAAAUGCCGAUGUUGACAUUUUCUUGACCAUUUCAUGUGCAGAAUCUUCAGAGCACCCAAAAGCAAGAUGCAGCAAAACACUGUAAUUGUACGGUGAAAGAGGUUGAAAACACGCUUGCAAGAUAUACAUGGGCCAAAGAUGCCCAAAAAAAGGUUGAAAAACUGAAGGAGGAAGGCAAGCCUAUGCCAAGAAGCUUUACAGAGGUGAUUCUUUAUGUAAUUAAUUUAAAUAUCUGUAAUGUUUAUGGUCAUGAAUUGUUAGUAACGUUGUAAAAGUUAGAAAACCUCUUGGCUUUUUCUUUUAUUUAGGUGAACAGAUCAUCCGUUGUACAUCAAAUCAUAUCCUUGGCUACUGUAAUUCUUCAAUAGAAUUUAAGAUGGAACUGAAAUAGAAACAGUAGGAGCUCAUAGUGUAUUAGGAUUCAGCUCAACGUGCAUGCUCUGUCAUUCCGAACCUGAUCUCUAGAUCUAUUCCGGGGCAUCCCCAUCGUAUUUCUUUCCUUCUCUGGCUAUUUCUUCUCCACUAUUAGAACUUGCUUACAGAUUGAUUAAGAUGCAGGGGGGAGUCCCUUGUCACACUGGUUGAUUUAAAUCAUUUUCUUGUGGUGAUUACAUAGUUCAUGCAUCAUUUUCACUCUUUUGUAUUCUGCCGAUGGUUGUGGGAACUUACUGUAGAAGGUAUUUCUUCGAAACUGUUGAUUUCGGUUCUUCUUGAACAAAAAUUCUACGCUAGAUCGGAUAAAUCUAGAAGAAAAAUUCAGCAACCUGCGCUGAUCCCAAAUCAGAUGGUGUUUUGCCAUGUGUCGUGCUUUCAUCAAGCAUUCUGAUAUUGAGUGUCGUUCUUUUUUCCAUUAGCUGCAAAAACUGAUGGGCUCAACACCGCUGGAUCUUGCCCGGGCUAACCUAGAAAAGGGUGGGCAGCUCGGCAGGAACUCACCCUGCCCAUGUGGCUCCAACAAGAAAUACAAAAGGUAUGAUGCUCUUCCUUGAAGCAUAAAUAGUCUGCAAUCUUUUUCUUACCAUUCCCGGAAAGAAAAUUCAUCUUCUUUCCUAAAAUGCAAACACCAUUUAUUUAUUUAUUUCCCUUUUUCGGGUGAUUGGAAUGGUUAGAGAGGAUAUCGCCGAUGAUCUCAUCCAUUGCUUGAUAAAAUGUGGGGAUCAGCCGAUUCAUGGGCAUCUGAUGGAGCAAUGGAAGGAAACACCACCCAUACGUUAAUGAUGCAUGAAUGAGUUUGGAAAGCCAUCAAAUCACUGCAAUAUAAAUAUAUAUAUAUAUAUAAUUUUUAUCAUGAUGAGAAAUUACAAGAAAAAAAAUGGGUAGAACAUUAAAAACAUAUUUUCGUUUGGGUUAAUUUCAAUUAUGCGCUGACUUCUUGUGAUUGAUCUUGAAGGUGCUGUGGGAAGGGGAAAUUCGCCGCCUGA